AUGGCCUUGGUGUACGGGGGGAGAUGGUGGGUGCACCUGGCUCUCUGCCCUCGGAGUCUCCAGCUGACUGCCACGCCAGAGGAACGCGCAGUCGGAGCUGCGACCUCCACCCGCCCCCGCGGCGCCCAUCGAAGUGGGGGUUCCCGCUACGCCGGGCCUCGCCGCUAUACCCAGGCCGCAUGGGGGUGGGGAAAGAACUUAGCGGAGCUCGGCAUCGGGAUCUGCGCCCCCGUGGAAAGAGCAAAGGAGAGUCAUUUCACCCGGUCUCUACUCAGCUGGGGUCUCGGGAAAUACGCGAAGAACUACAAUCCCCAGCAGGCACCGCGCUGCCAGGACGGGGUGGGGGGCCUCCCCCCAACCUCAGUGCCUGAGCGGCUUGACCAGAGCUGCAGCAACUGCAGCAAGAGGUGUGAAAACCAGGCUGGAGGCGGCCCUUCAUUUGAAAAUGAGGGUGUGCAGGUCUGGUGCUACAAAAUGGCUGCCGCUGACUUGGUAAAAAUUUGCUGGGUAGCCAGAGUCUUCCUGAAAAUUCUCCCUCGGGACUUAGAUUUCUAUUAUUUAAAGCAGGUGUCACUAGUUAAAAGGCAUCUGCUGAAAGAUUUGGAACAGAAGAAGGUGGCUACUCCAAACCAGACCAACUGUAACACAGAGUCACCAGCAGCCCUGGAGGAGGCCAAGACCUCUCGUGUUCCUGGGAGCCCCAAAACCUCCCCCGAGCCUCAUGACCCUGGAGGUUCCCUGCCCCUGACACCCCGGAUGGAGAGCCACUCAGAGGAGGAAGAUCCUGCCGGCAGUGGCCUAGGCUGGAACGGUAGGGGUCGCCGGGCCCAGAGCCCAGGGCGCUGCUCGGUGGAGGCCGUACUGGCACGGAGGAAGCACCGCCGGCGGCCUUCAAAGCGCAAGCGGCACUGGCGGCCCUACCUGGAGCUGAGCUGGGCCGAGAAGCAACAGCGGGAUGAGAGGCAGAGCCAGCGGGCCUCCCGGGUCCGAGAGGAGAUGUUUGCCAAAGGCCAGCCCGUGGCGCCCUACAAUACCACCCAGUUCCUGAUGAACGACAGAGACCCCGAGGAGCCCAACCUGGAUGUGCCCCAAGGGGCCUCCCACCCAGGCUCCAGUGGGGAGAGUGAGGCCGGGGACAGCGACUCGAGGGGCCGAGCCCAUGGGGAGUUCCAGCAGAGGGAUUUCUCCGAGGCCUAUGAGCGCUACCACACUGAGAGCCUGCAGGGCCGUAGCAAGCAGGAGCUGGUGCGCGACUACCUGGAUCUGGAGCGGCGGCUGUCGCAGGCCGAGGAGGAGACGAGGAGGCUGCAGCAGCUGCGGGGCUGCACCAGCCAGCAGCCCUGUCGCCAGGUGGAGGAGCUGGCCGCCGAGGUAGAGAGGCUCCGGACGGAGAACCAGCGGCUUCGGCAGGAGAAUGAGAUGUGGAGCCGAGAAGGUGGCCGCCGUGGUGGGGAGCGGGGCACCUAGGGGUGCCCCCCCAUCCAGGCUGACCCAAGGAGAAGGUCCCGUUUUGUACACACUCAGGCCAGCCGAGUCUCAAGGAGGCAGGUCUCAGCACCUCUGCGCCCCCUGAGAACAGCUAAUUUAGGUUCCGGCUUCCAUCUUGUCAUUUCCACAGUUUGUUCUUUGAUGUCAUCUUAUUUUUCACAAAGGAAUUAAAUGAUUUUGGUGAGAUCA